ACACAGUCUCAUACACAGUUCGACACAUACACUCACACACUCUAACCUCCAGCCAACCCCUUCCAUGGCCGCCUCCACCAUGUCUGUCUGCUCUGACGCUUGCACCAACUCCUCCUGGCAGGUGGAUGACUGCCCAGAGAGCUGCUGUGAGCCCUGUUGCUGUGCCCCCAGCUGCUGCCAGUCUAGCUGCUGUGCCCCCAGCUGUUGCCAGCCCAGCUGCUGUGCCCCAAGUUGUUGUGCCCCAGCCCCCUGCCUGACCCUCGUCUGCACCCCAGUGAGCUGUGUGUCCAGCCCCUGCUGCCAAUCUUCCUGCUGCACACCCUCAUGCUGCCAGCAAUCUUGCUGCCAGCCAGCUUGCUGUAGCUGCUCCCCCUGCCAGCAGCCCUGCUGUGUGACUCUCUGCUGCAAGCCUGUCUGCUGCACUCCCAUCUGCUCUGGAUCAUGCUGCCAGCAGUCUAGCUGCCAGUCCUCAUGCUGCCAGCCCUCUUGCUGUGUGCCUGUGUGCUGUAAGCCUAUGUGCUGCACACCCAUCUGCUCUGGCUCCUGCUGUCAGCCCUCCUGCUGUGCUCCCGUCUGCUGCAAGCCCUGCUCCAGCGUGUCCCUGCUGUGUCGCCCUGUGUGCAGACCUGCCUGCUGUGUGCCCACCUCCUCCUGCUGUGCCUCCUCCUGCCAGCCCAGCUGCUGUCGCCCAGCCUCCUGUGUGUCCCUGCUGUGCCGCCCUGCCUGCUCCAGACAGGCCUGCUGUGGCCAGAAGUCCAGCUGCUGAUGG